AUGAGUUCUUCACACAGAACUCCUGUGCUGAGAAAGAGCUGCCACUUUUGUCGAAGCCGAAAGAUCAGAUGCUCCGGACAGAGCAUUUGUGAAGCUUGCCAGGAGCGAAAUAUAGACUGUGUCUACGACCUCGAGGCAGCGAAAGGCCGACCAAAGCGAAAGCAUAUUGAGUCAAGAGACCCAAAGCUAGCCUCCGACCGCGGCCAGGCUGGCAAAGGGACCGGUUCUCAUGAUGGGAACGGGAAGUCUACUGGGCAAUGGGAUCCUACCCUCCAGGGGCCCCUGAUGGGCGAUGAUUUAACAGCAAUGUUCCACGAAUGCUUCAUUAGCAAAGUAGGUAUGCGUGCAACAAUUUUCCAAGGCGCUAUUGCUGCUGGCCAUGAGCGUCUGAAGCAGACCGGCAGCCAUGCUUCGCCUCAGGAGGUACCACAGAGAAUAAGCUACGACGGCCUGAUGAGUUCCAUGACCCGAGAAAUCGUGGAAAUGAUAUCUCUUCGCUUCGGAGAUUUGAACUGUGAAGUGGAAGACAGUUUCCCUCGACGCUACUGCAUCACCAGCCUCGCUCGCGAUACAACUCACGAGAUGUUCGACAACACAAUCCCAAGGAAGAACCCACUGAAGUCCUAUUCCUCUCACCGUAUCCUCCAGCUCAUCGACUUGUGGUUCUCCGUCCACCCCUUGUCCUCCUUGAUUUCGAAAACCCUUUUGCUCAGCUCUCUCAAGAACAGCACCUACGACGAGGCUCUUCUCGCAACAAUUCUCUCUGAUGCCUGUCUCGUCCAUGAAAAUGGCCAAAAUUACGAUACCGAGGGACAGCUCCUCUUCGACUUUGCAACCUAUCAAAUUCAAAACCGAAGCGUAUUGAACCGAGACAUUGCCUCAUCCCAAGCCUUGAUACUCAUGGCUUGGAGAGAGAUUUGCAUGGGUAAUGCUCGACGAGGCUCAUGCCUAACAGCGUAUGCCUGUCGAAUCGUUUCAGAACUACACAGAGGACUGAACCAAGGAGUCUCUGCCAAUGGAACUAAGUUGAACGGUAUCGACGUUCGAUAUGUGGACGGUGAACUCAUCCGGAACAUAUACUGGGUAUGUUGGUCAACUACAGUUUGGUCCUUGAUGCAAAUUGACCAGCCAUACAACCUUCUCCUACCGGAACAAACCCCUUCACAGUUCCCCUUCGUUGACGAGUCGACAUCAAUGACAAUCAGCCUGGACCUGGCUUCUGAUAACGUCUCAACACUAAGGGCUCAAUCCAGGGCCUUGCAAGAGCUGUGGCCUUUGAGCCAGGUAGCUAGCACUGCAGCUCAUAUAUAUGCCCUUUGCCCAAACCCAGAUCUGAAAGAUACAUUAGAGACAGUCGAAUGGCAAGCCAGACAUAUCCAUCAACUCCGUCGUCUUCUAAGUUUCCAACUAGAGCUUCCUACUCUCUGUGGGAAAAUCAGACAUAUCCUCCUUGAAGCUAUUAGGCAGGUUGAACUUGAGGUUACCCCCGGCUCAACACAAGCAGUGGUUCUUAUUGCGUACCAUACCAUGAUCGUCCACAUGCUAUUUCCCCAGCGACAGACCUCAGACAGCGUGAUUAUUAUGACGCCGGAGCGCAUUAACGAGUUCUGUCAGUCUGCCAAUGCCUUGGUUGCUAUUUCACAUUCCGUUAUCUCGCCACAAACCACCACCCUACUCCCUGGCCCUGGUCUCAAGACCAAAAAUGUCUCCGAUAUCUUCGCCCUUGGCCUUGAUGCCUGUAGCCGAGCACUUGCAUAUAUACACAGUCGUGCGAACUGCGGUCGUGACGAAUACCAGGCAAUAAUGUCUAAAAACAGACAGCUGCUUCACCUUGCCCAGCAAUUGCACGAUAUCAGCCGGGGAGAGCUAUCACGAGCAUCAGCAACUAUGCGAACCAUUAAGAAACGACUAAAGUUUGCAAAGGUCGUUUUCUCAUCUAUAAGCGAGUCUACACCACCCCUUGUUCAUGGUGAUCCCUCUCCUAUUGCGCAAUUCCGCUCAAGAAUCCAGAACCUCUCCCACAGCAGCAAUACAAGCGUUUCAGGGGGCCUCUCCCAGCCAGGUUCUCCUAUCCCAGAUGACGCAUCCUACCUGUCGUCGAUUCCCAACCAGCUAUCUCUCGAUAUGUUCCUCGGGUCAGAUACCUCCCCGGUAUCUAGCCAGGAUGGAUUCGACACACUGCAUAUGCACUCUGCUAGUUCUUCGCUUGCACCACUGGAUCACAGUGGGAUGACGUCGCCUUUCACUCCGUCUGGUAUGUCGCCACUACAGCCACCCAGAAAGAUACGGCGGACAGUUAGUCCGCCCUCAUUUGAGAGUCAUGGGAAAGCUAACAUGUUUGAGCUUUCAGAGCCGAUCAUGUCCUCUAAACCAGAGCAUAUCCCACGCAGCAGUGGAUCACCGUCUCUUAACAGCGGCUCCAUGUUCCGCAACGGAGGAGGAAUGGGGUUGAUGGGACUUGACAUGACACCGAAUGAUGGUCACAAAAAGUUCCUUGGGGAACCAAUGAACUUCUCUCAACAGCUAUUCAUGUCUUCAGAAAAUGACCCUGAUUUCGGGUCUGGACCUCUUCUCUUUGGAAACCCCCUGGACACCAAUAACCAUGGAGAUUUCAACGCCAUGCCUGACUUAACUUGCAUAGAAGGUGAAAACGGCUUCAUGCCGUUAGAUCUGGGCUACCUUGGUUAA